AUGAAGGGCGAGAUCAUUCACCUCCACCUGGGCCAGGCUGGUACCCAGCUCGGUAACUCUGCUUGGGAGCUCUACCUUCUCGAGCACGGCCUCGCUCCUAACGGUCUCCCCGACACCAAUGCCCCCGAUCUGGGCGACUCCGGUUCCUUCGAGACCUUCUUCACCGAGACCAGCAGUGGCAAGCAUGUUCCUCGCUCCAUCUUCGUCGAUCUCGACCCCUCCCCCAUCGACGAGAUUCGAACUGGCCCCUACCGCCAACUCUUUCACCCUGAGCUGUUGAUCAGCGGCAAGGAGGAUGCUGCCAACAACUACGCCCGUGGCCACUACACCAUUGGCAAGGAGAUGGUCGACAAUGUCAUGGACCGCGUGCGUCGCGUUACCGACAACUGCAACUCCCUCCAGGGCUUCCUGAUCUUCCACUCCUUCGGUGGCGGUACCGGCUCUGGUUUCGGAGCUCUCCUCCUCGAGCGCCUCUCCACCGAGUACGGCAAGAAGUCGAAGCUUGAGUUCGCCGUGUACCCUGCUCCUCGUGUCUCCACCGCCGUCGUUGAGCCUUACAACGCCGUUCUGUCCACUCACAGCACCAUUGAGAACUCCGACUGCACGUUCCUCGUCGAUAACGAGGCUGUCUACGAUAUUUGCCGUCGUAACCUCGACAUCCCCCGACCCUCGUAUGACCACCUCAACCGCUUGAUUGCUCAGGUUGUCAGCUCCAUUACCUCCUCGCUCCGAUUCGAUGGUGCCCUCAACGUCGAUCUCAACGAGUUCCAGACCAACCUGGUCCCCUACCCCCGAAUCCACUACCCUCUUAUCAGCUACGCUCCCGUCAUCUCUGCCGGCAAGAGCUCGCACGAGAGCUUCAAGGUCUCAGAGCUUACCUUCCAGUGCUUUGAGCCCAACAACCAGAUGGUUGUCUGUGACCCCCGAAACGGCAAGUACAUGGCUGUCGCUCUUCUGUACCGCGGUGACGUUGUUCCUCGCGACUGCAACCAGGCUGUUGCCGCGCUCAAGGAGAAGUCCUCGUUCAACCUUGUCGAGUGGUGCCCCACUGGCUUCAAGAUCGGCAUCAACUACCAGAAGCCCGUUGCCGUCCCCGCCGGUGCCGACGAUGGCGGUCUCGCUCCCGUCCAGCGAUCCGUCUCCAUGCUUUCCAACACCACUGCCAUCGCCGAGGCCUGGUCCCGACUUGACUACAAGUUCGACCUCAUGCACAGCAAGCGCGCUUUCGUCCACUGGUACGUCGGUGAGGGUAUGGAGGAGGGUGAGUUCACGGAGGCCCGUGAGGAUCUUGCUGCUCUCGAGAAGGAUUACGAGGAGGUUGGUGCCGACUCGUUCGAGGCGGAGGAGGAUGCCGAGUACUAA